AAAUGUCGUCCAGUGAGAUUGAAGAGUUUGUGAACGGGGCGCUCGUUUCUUGGAUUGAAUCGUGCUUACCGCGGCAUGAAAUAAUUGCCGGAUACGUGUCACUGCUUGAUGGUACGAUACUGCACAGCGUCUACCUACAGAUUGAUCCCGAACCGCAGCAUCAUCCGGCAAAGAUUCGCGGCACCGCGGAAGUGCUGACCUCGCUCGCUGCCGCCCGCACACGCAACUUUGACGCGAUCGUCAAGAAUCUACGCAAUCUGUACGAUGAAGAGCUUUGCCAAACGAUACUGGCCCUACCGGACUGUUCCGUGUUGGGGCAUUCGCCCGAAUCGAGGGCCGGACUGGAGCAGAUGAAACUGCUCAUUACCUUACUGCUCGGUGCGGCCGUCCAGUGUCCGAACAAGGAAAUAUUUAUCGCCCGAAUCAAAGAGCUGGACGUGAACACGCAGCAUGCAAUCGUGGAGGUGAUUAAGCAGGUGACGGACAGUCAAACACUCGUCCUGACGCAGGAAUCGUUGGACCAAUUGUCCCCGGAACUGAUGUGCAAACAUCUCGUCCGGUUAGCGAAGGAACGCGAUCAGUAUCACGGAAAGUGGAUGUCCUCCUUCAUCACGGACAGCGAGCAGCAAGCGCUGGUCAACAGUUCCAGCUCAAAAAGUAGCCUCCACAAUGCAUCAUCUGCUUCGACAAGUACGGCCAACACACCAUCCACCACCUCGGAGAACAAUCAUCUCGCGGUGGAGUUGGCCGAUUACAAAUCGAAACUUCGAAAGUUGCGCCAAGAGUUGGAGGAGAAAUCGGAACUCCUUAUGGAGGUAAAGGAGGAGCUGGAUCACAAAUGCAACCAGUACGAAAAGCUGCGCACAGAAAGCCAGGACUGGUACUCGGAGUCACGCCGUGCCGCAGCCUAUCGGGAUGAGGUGGACGUGCUCCGGGAACGUUCCGAACGAGCAGAUCGGCUCGAGAUUGAAGUACAAAAAUUGCGUGAAAAGUUAUCCGAUGCUGAGUUUUAUAAGACCCGCGUUGAGGAACUUCGCGAAGACAACCGGAUGCUGUUGGAAACAAAAGAAAUGCUCGAAGAACAGCUGGCACGGUCGCGUAAGCGUAGCGAUCAGGUGAUGACACUCGAGGCGGAAAUAAUCAAGUUCAAGCAGCUGAUGAACGAUAUGACACUGGAGCGAGAUGUGGACAAGAGCAAGCUGCAAGAAUUGCUGGAGGAAAAUGUGCAACUGCAGCUAGCGACGAAGAAUCUUAUGGCCGGCCCCGAUGCGAACAUUGCGAAUCAGGCCCAAUCCGACACGGAUACGGACGAUUUACCUUCGAACGAUAACAGUCUCUCGGAGCAGCUAACCACGAAUGCUCAAACUCGUGCCCUCAAGUUGGAGUUGGAAAAUCGGCGAUUGUUGGCCGCAUUGGACAGCCUGAAGGAAUCCUCUUUCCAUGAAAAUUCCAACAAAAUUCUGGAGCUGGAAAAGGACAAGAAAAAGCUCUCGCUCCGUCUAGACCAAACGCAGGAAAAUUGUAACCGGCUGGUGCAGCAAAACAGUGAGCUAGAGAACGUGUUCAAAAAUGCGCUCGAAGAAAACAAAAAGCUCCAGGAUGCGAUCGAUUCCAAGCAGCAAAUGAUCGAUCGACAAACGCACGACCGUGAGCUGGAUCGGAUCCGGCAGAUCGAUCUGGAAAAGCAAAUCGAAUCCCUCACGAAGGAUAAGCAGCGGGUGCAGAAUCUGUUCGAAAGCAUUCAGCGCCGUACGAUCGAUCUAGAGCGUUCGAUCGACACCAAGAGCAAGGAAAGUGUGCAGCUGAACGAACGACUGAAAGAUCUCGAAGAUGUGCGUAAGGAGGUGUACGAUUUGCGGGGCAAGUGUGCUACGGUCGAGCGGGAAAACGUGAAUCUCAACAAGGAGCUCGUCAAGUACAAGGAAGUGUUGGAAAAGUGUGAACAUGAUCUGGACACGGUUGGCGGACAGCUGGAAGCGAAGGAGAAGGAAAUCGAACAGCUGGCUAAGCAGGUGCAGGAAGGUUCGGAUGUGCUGGUGAAGCUGCAGGAGCUAGAGAAGGAAAAUCAGGAACUACUUUCCCAGCAGAAGAUGCACUCCGAUACGAUUGCCACGCUGCAGAAGGAUCUGUACGAUGGCACGAUGGCAACGAAGAAGGUCAAACAAAGCCUGGAACGGCUAGGACUGAACGAUACCGAGCUCGAGCGGAACGACAUGAACGUGGAGGUGUUUGUCGAGAAGCUGUGUAAGAAUCCGGAAUCGUUCAAAACGGUCCGCGAGAUUGUGCUGAAUGUGGUGGGCAAGGAUCAGGGAAGCGGACUGUCCGGUGGCACAAAAUCGGCCGACAUUUGUGUACUUUGCCAUCGGCAGGAGAUCUACACGGUGGAGAAGAACAUAGAAUUUUCUAACUGCGAUGAAACACCAUCCGAUAACGCGACAAACUCAUCCGAGCUGGACCAAAAGUUGGAUCAAUUAAAGCAAGAGCACGCUUCCCUGCUUGCUGUACAGGAAUCGUUGCAGGAGGAAAACGCUCGCCAGAAGGUAAAGGAGGCAACACUCGGUUCGCAGAUAGCAUCGCUCAACACGCAGCACAUAGCAUUGCAGCUGGCCAACUCACAGCUAGCCGUCGAGAAGGACAUGCUCGUGAAACAGGUGGAAGCGAAGCGUCAGCAGUACGAAUCGUUGCAGCACGACUAUGUCACGCUGCAGUGUCUGCACGAGCAACUCAGCAGCGAUUACGAUACGCUGAACGGUGAGAAGGAACUGCUGAAGAAUACGAUCCGUGACCUGAAAACGGAGAAUCGCGAUCUCCGAGAGCGAACGGUAGCACUCGAGCGAAAGAUCGAGGAACUCCAGACGGAACAGCACUCGAUGAAGGAUGGACUGACAAACUUGAACAAUUUGCGAGCCGAGCAUUCGAAGCUGAAGGACGACUUUCGGUGUCUGUUUACGACGAGCGAACGAUUGAAGCAAGACUACAAAAAUUGUCACGAUCAGUAUCGUGCAUUCCGGACGGAGAACAGCCGAUUGAAGCUGCGUAACACAGAGCUGUCCGGGGAGCUGACGAACAAAAAGGAGCAAAUCAGUAACCUGGAGAUUGAGUACACCAAAAUAAACCAAAGAUGCGAGAUGUUGCUUAACAUGAACGCCAGCCUGGACAUUGAUCGGCGCACACUAAUGGACCACGUGUCUCAGAUCCUCGCCCAGUACCAGGAGCUGUUGGCUCACUCGCUGGAGGACAAGCAGCACUACCAUGACGAGGAGAAGAACUUCACCGACAAGCUGAACAACCUGAACCGCCAGAAGGAAAAGUUAGAGGAAAAGAUAAUGGAACACUACCGGAAGCUGGACAGUUGCUCGCCGAAAAAAAAACCGUUUGGAUUGAAUCUGGUAAAGAAAAUGCGCCGCGCUGGAUCAGAACUGAUGAAUCGCGUCCCGAAUAGGAAUCGUCGUUCGUGGGUGGAAGAACAACGUCUCACCCAAAGUCAGUGUCUUUCCAUGGGCUCAGAAUCGGGUGGCAACGAAUCGGACAACAGUAUCGAGGAACCCAAUUCGGUCGCAUCCGAUACGAACCUGCUACAGCGUGGAUCACAACUCCGUCAAAGUCUCCAGAGGAAGCCAAACAAUGAAGCACUGAAUGCGACUCUGCUUCGAGGUGGAAUUCGCAGCAGUCUGCAGGCCUCCCGAAGGGAUGAUGUGAAUCCUGCCCAUAGAAACAGCUUCCAGGGGUUUGAUACGGCGACCGAUGCCUUAAACCUAGGCACGGCUGGUACUCGCCGUACGGUGUACCUGGACGAUAAGAUCGUCAACUCCGGCUCAAGCACACCGACCGGUGGUGUGGCCGUAAAUCCAUCUCCUCCUCCAUCCAUCUCUACACCGCCCCCUCCACCACCGCCCCGCACAGAUCAGAACAGCGGUGGAACCACCACUUCCGCCAGCCAGACGAACUCAUCGGCGGAGCCUACGUUCGUACUGUUGAACAGAAUUUCAACCACAACGACCACACUAAAGACGGAGACCACGUCCAACCUGCUGCCCGGUAGCGCACAACAGAUGGAGGUAAGCGGUAACCCGUCCGGAGCUCCCAAUGCCGGUUCAACGGCACUCUGUGGCAUGGAGGACAGUAACAAAAAGGACUCCAAUGGUAACAAUAGCAAUAAGAAGAAAGCGGAACCGAAGAACAGAGACAGCGCGAUAUGGUACGAGUAUGGGUGUGUAUGA